AUGGAGCGCCGGCAGCGACUCGAAAAGGCCUACGAUGAAAUUGCUAGGAAGGCACCUGUUCCCGCCAUUGACUUUACCGUUCAUACCAUGGACGAUGGGGAACAGGUGUCUACCGUUGAACGCGUGAUUAAAGAUGUCCAGGCUCCCGCCUUCCAGCUCCCCACGCCCGAACAAUUCUGGAGUAAGAAGGACCCAUCAAAACCUGAUAUUCAAUUUUUAAAAAACCACUUUUACCGUGAAGGUCGCCUUACGCAUGAUCAGGCUCGUUACAUCCUGAACAAAGCGACUGAACUCCUGCGUUCGGAGCCGAAUCUUCUCGAGCUAGACGCACCUAUUACUGUUUGUGGUGACAUCCAUGGUCAAUACUAUGACUUAAUGAAGCUUUUUGAAGUGGGAGGCAAUCCUGCUGACACGCGAUACCUCUUCUUGGGCGACUAUGUGGACCGAGGAUACUUUUCGAUUGAAUGUGUACUUUACCUGUGGUCUCUGAAGCUAUGGUACCCCAACACACUUUUCCUUCUCCGUGGUAACCAUGAAUGUCGUCAUUUGACGGACUACUUUACGUUCAAGCUGGAAUGCAAACAUAAAUAUUCAGAAGAAAUCUACGAUCUCUGUAUGGAAUCGUUCUGUGCGUUACCUUUGGGCGCCGUGAUGAACAAACAGUUCCUUUGCAUUCACGGAGGUCUCUCUCCUGAAUUCCAAACGCUUGAUGAUUUGCGGGCCAUCAACAGGUUCCGCGAGCCUCCAACUCACGGGCUGAUAUGUGAUCUGCUGUGGGCUGAUCCGCUGGAAGAAUUCGGGCAGGAGAAUACAAAUGAGAACUUUGUGCAUAACCAUGUGCGUGGAUGCUCCUACUUUUUCACGUACCAUGCUGCGUGUCAGUUCCUGGAGCGGAAUAACCUAUUGUCGAUUAUCCGUGCGCAUGAAGCACAGGAUGCCGGAAAAACCAAGGUGACUGGCUUCCCCUCGGUUAUGACUAUUUUCUCUGCGCCUAACUACCUCGAUGUUUACAAUAACAAGGCUGCUGUUCUCAAGUACGAAAAUAAUGUUAUGAAUAUCCGUCAAUUCAACUGCACGCCUCAUCCGUAUUGGCUGCCUAACUUUAUGGAUGUCUUCACAUGGAGCCUUCCAUUUGUAGGCGAAAAAAGUUCGUUUCUCUUUGCACUGACAUUUAGUGACUGA